GCUCGUGCCGAAUUGCAGAUCGUGGGCAUGGAGGAGCCCAAACGGCGUUCCAAGAAGGCCAAGGAGCAGUUGCAGGCUCCGUCGCAGGAGCGGCUCCGUCACAGGAGCGAGGAACGGCUCCGUCACAGGAGCGGCUCCGUCACAGGAGAGGCUCC